CAAGAGUUGGAGCUUGUAGAUCAAACUUACGGCCCAACGUGAACCGGACUCACUUUUAAAAACCGAAACCCUAGCCACCGUCUACCCUCUCCUACAGACAAAUACUGCAUUCCCUUUUUCUCUUGCGCCGCCGCUCCUACCUCGUAAACAGGUGCUAUAUGUGCGCCUCUUAUUCUUUUGCAAGGGUUUGAGGACUAAACCGUAGCCGAGGAUUAAUGGAGUCUGUAUGCUGUUUAUUUUUUUCAGUAACUUAUACCAGAAAUCUGAUAGGCGUGUUUUUAUUUUCUGUGUGGAUUGUAGAAGAUAAUCAAAGAUGAGUCGAGGUACUGCACCAGGUCCUAAGGGGAAGAAGAAGGGAGUGACAUUUACCAUUGACUGUUCAAAGCCAGUGGAGGAUAAGAUCAUGGAUAUUGCAUCCCUGGAGAAGUUUCUCCAAGAGAGGAUCAAGGUUGGAGGCAAGGCUGGUGCGCUUGGUGACACUGUGACCGUCACUCGUGAGAAGAGCAAGAUAACGGUAACCUCUGACGGUAACUUUUCGAAGAGGUAUCUGAAGUAUCUAACGAAGAAGUACCUGAAGAAACACAAUGUGCGGGAUUGGCUUCGCGUGAUAGCUUCCAACAAAGAAAGAAAUGUUUAUGAACUUAGGUACUUCAACAUUGCGGAGAAUGAAGGGGAGGAGGAAGAUUGAAAGAGUCUAAAUUGGCUUAGUCAAUACAUUAAGAACGUCAUUUUCCUUGUUUCCAAUUUGUACCUUUCCUCAUUUUGUUUACUCGCACUUGUUAUGCUGCCCCUUUUUUCUUAAACACGAUGUGGUUUUAACAAAUUUUGUUCCUUGAAUGAGAAUUUUUGAAAUAUGCCAACAUUGGAUUGGUUGGUGGGUGAA